GAGAGCGAGACGGGAAAGAAGCACUCUGAAACGCGAUUUCCUCCUCCUCCUGUCUCUCUCCUUCGCUAGGGUUUCUUGAUCGGUUCCCAAUGAAGCGAGGUCGCAUCGUCGACUACCCAAACUCUAGCUGCCUCACGGUCGCCGUUGCGGAUUCUCGAUCCGCCCAACUCUGCUCUUGAGCCGAUUCGUCGGAGAGGCUGUGUUUCCCGCUGCUCUUGCCGAAUAGAGGGAGUCUCGGUAUGAUCGCGGUAUAGAUGCCGCCUUGCACGGCGGUUUUUGAUCGGGUUUGAUAAUGGAUGAGACUGCAAAGAUGGAGAGCCAUUUGUCUUCGGCUGUGGCUUUUAUGGAAGGAGGUAUUCAGGAUGUUUGUGAUGAUGCAUGCAGCAUCUGCCUUGAAGCAUUCUGUGAAAGUGAUCCAUCAACGGUUACUAGUUGCAGGCACGAGUUCCAUCUACAGUGUAUUCUUGAAUGGUGCCAGAGAAGCUCCCAAUGCCCAAUGUGUUGGCAGCCCAUCAGUUUAAAGGAUCCCACCAGCCAAGAGUUACUGGAGGCUGUAGAGUGGGAGAGGAGCUUUAAAGUUGAUAAUACAAAGACUACCACCAUAAUUCAGCAUCCAGCUUUUGGAGAUUUUGAAUUGCAUCAUUUGCGUGUUGGUGGAAGUCAUGCCGAAAUUGAAGAGCGUAUUUUUCAGCACUUAGCUGCUACUGCUUCCAUGGGAAGGGCACGCCACAUUGCUGGAAGAGAAGGUCGGGUUAGAUCAGGAUCUCAUGGCCGUCCACAGUACCUGGUUUUCUCUACAAAUUCAGAUGCAGCUUCUGUGGGCUCCAUAUCUUCUUCCUCUCCUCCAAGAGGAGAAAAUGAAGUUGCUCCUGCAAUAGUUGCUGCUAACCCAACAACGCCCCCCGCUACUCUAGUAGGGGAAUUUUCUGAACUAACAAGUGUUGCCCCAACUCAUGCAAGUGAGGUAGCUACAUUGACAUCUGAGGCCCGCAAUAGUCAGAUGAGGUCAAGCAUUUCAUGUCCAAGGACACCUGCUGGCCAAUCAUCUCGAGUUCACCAAGUUGGACCAAGGCCAUCAGACUUCCAAUCCUUCUCAGGAUCCCUGAAAUCUCGCUUGAGUGCUGUCUCGAUGAGGUACAAGGAAUCAAUCACUAAGAGUACUCAAGGAUGGAGGGAGAGAUUAUUUUCACGUAAUGGGCCUGUGGCAGAUAUUGGUUCUGAAGUCAGGAGAGAAAUUAGAGUCGGAAUUGCUACUGUGUCACGGAUGAUGGAGCGCUUGGAUGCAAGAGAGAGAACAGCUGGUACUUCUGCCUCACCUGUUGCUGAAGGGUGCUCAGUUGUAGAACGAAGUAAUGAUGGUGAUAAUGUCAAUCAUGCAAGUGCUCAUCCAAACAAUGGCACUACACCAUCUUCUUAGGUUACAGGUCCCAAUUAAGCUAUUUUUCAUUUUGAAGGAUCCGAGCGUGCUCCAGCUUUCAACAUUAAAGGUAUAUACAUUUCUGCUUCAGCAUGUUUUGUAAUUACAUUUUUGAGAUCCCCUUUGCCUUGUUGACCAUCCAUGUCAUAGAGAUCAGGAAAAUAACAUCAGAAUUCUUAGUUGCACUAUUAUGUUUCAUAGUUUAUUCAGAUCAGAAGUACAUUUACUUUGAGUUGCUACUGGCCUGGACUUUUGAGUCUGUCUUUGUGAGGCUCAAUGCUCGUCUUGCUUGCUUGAAGGUGGCUGGAACUGAUUUGAAGCACGGCCAUCCUAAGAUCAAUGCCUUUGGGUUGGCAAUUCAUAUAUGAAGUGACUGUUGUUGGUUCUCUGUCCUGUGGAAUUGAGGUUGCCGAUGCUUCACUAGCCAAUAUUUUAUAAACGAAGAGUGAAGUUGGUUUAUGUAAUAGGGAUUGGCAGAGCUAACAGGAUUGAGUGAUGUUAUUGAGAGGAAGCUUGCGGUAAUGGCUGGCUGACCCUGGUAAGGGCACCAGUGCAGUGGAUGUCUAUGACCAGGGAUCAUUUCAGUGUUAGCGAACACUGCAGUAUACAUGUCAGCAGAUUUUUGUUACAUCUAGCAGACGGUAGAUCUGCUUUGAGUCAAGUUUUUAGUCACUGUAGAUUUUUAUCUUGUCGGUGGAGAUUUUGAUAUGCUGGAGUACUAGUUUGAGUUGUCUUCAUGUGUAAGAUUCCAAACUUGGUAAAAAAAAAUACAAAUAGUAAGAGACCAAGUCAACAAGGGUCAAAUCAUGAGAAAUCUAGUUUCCUUUGUCAUGGAAUUGGCAGGAUCUGGAUUAUUUGAAGGAGAAAAGAGUUAGCUCAAAGUUCCUUGAGUUAGUCUGGAUUCAGUAUAUAAAUAAAUACAUGUUAUAUAUG